CAACACGGUGCCGUUUCGCCAAACAUCCAUCUUACUGCAGGGAACGCCCUCACGUUUGACAUGCCCGCCCAUUGAGUCUCAUCAACCCUGCACUCUCGACACAGUGAGCCACAGCUCUCAAACAUCCGCCAUGACACACAUUGCCAAUUGCAUGCGUGCCACCGGCGAGCUCAACAGCGUCUAUAUAGCUAUGGAGUCCUCUGCCUCACCCUCCCCUACUCAAACCGCCGCUUCCGAAGACACCCUCCAGCCUCUUCCCACCUUGGAGAAGACCCCUUCGCUGCUCAACCUUCAGACUCACUUCAGUGCAAGCACUGGAAAGUACCAACUUUGGCCAUCCUCGCAACAGUCGAGAAGCCCCGUAGGACUAUCACGCCCCAACCUCUCGUCCGACAAACUAUCGGCUCUAUCAAUGGGUCGCUCACCCACUUCGCUGAGCGACACUGCCGUCUCCUCUGAGACGGUUCCCUUUUGGCAGAGGAGUGGCUCUCUCGCUCGCAGGCGAAAGGUCAGUGUGCCCGAGCUUGGAAGCACAAUGACCACAGUACAAGAAGCUGCCAUUGACUCACCUACCAUUCCUGGUCGCCCUCCUAUCCGACAGGCUGCUUCCACAGAGAACUUUGGUCAUGAGAGAUCGAGCAGCGCUCCUGGCACCAACUGGAGAUCGGGUCCUUUCGGGGACGCCUUGAUCUCUUGCGUGACUGGACCAUCGGCAGCCGAGAAAGCACCACUCACAUUCUUAGACUCAUUCACCGGCAACAAGCUGGAGCCCUCGAGCAACUACGGCAAGCCACUAUCUCCUAUCCUGAGUCCUGGCGUCAACCCAAAGCCGUCUUUGAAAGUCGAUACCACCACUGCCACCAGUGAACAAUCCAGCGACAUUCCCCCAGAGGUACCACCCAAAUCACCUACACCUGUAGAACGCAAAGGAUCCCCUAGCCCUCUCAAACUCAACAACAAGUCAAGCAGGUCACAGCUCAUGACACCCUCCACACUGAACUCGAGCGGCAACACACCCACUAGUGCGCUGGACGCAAGGCGAUCCCCCAACGUCGGAUUCCCCUUACCAACACCACUCUCUGCUAUCUCGAACCCUUUUAGUGCGGGCUCACCCUCUGGUGCAUUUGAUCGCCGUGGCUCACCAAGAACCGAGAGACGCGACCCUUUUGUGUUGGAACGAACCCAACACGCCAGGAACGUGUCAGAAUCGUCAGUCGCCAGCACCAAGAACGCCGCAGACCGUUCAGCUUCCCACAACAGAAACAUUUCGGAAGCAUCUGUAAUGGACCGAGGCAGGCCCGUCCGCCGAUCAAACAGCAAGAAACCCCGGAGCCGGACAAACUCUGAAGCCCAGGAUCCCAACGCGCCAGCAGCCGAUGGCUGGAAGCUACCUCAAGGUAUGCGAGCAUCAGAAGCGAGCAUGCGCAUGCGCGAUACCGAAAAGGCGACUCUGCGCCAGCAGGCCAUGGACCAGGCGGAGAAAUUCGAAGUUCUCAAUAAGCGUGAUGUUGCGUCCACAUCUAGAGAACUCCGGGCACUAGACGAGCGCUGCGAUUACUUGCGCAAAACCUACAAAUCCUUACGGGCAGGCCGUCAGAAGUUGCACGGACGCAUGAUUUCUUACCUCAAGCGAGGCGAGACCGUCAUCUUCUCCAGGGAAUCCCUGCUUAAGCAGGAAGAGGCUCUGGCUGAACUUGAUGUCUCUAUUGAUGAGUUCAUCCAGAAGCUUGAGCAAGCUGAGAACCGACGCCUACGCCUACGCCAGAAGCUCCUCGAACAUGUUGCUGCUGCUCUCGUGCUCAACCCCACCGCACCACCGGACCUUGCUGAGAGCACCCCUCCCAGGAGUCCAGUCAAGGCGGACAGCCCUUCCCGCGCUGAUCGCAAAGAAGUUGAGUCGAUCAAGAUCUACGCCGACGGCCAAGUUCUCAACCUUUUUUCCGACAUUGAGCAGGCCAUAGGCCGAAUGUGCGAGCAAACCGCCUGAUCGAACGCUCUAACAAUCACCAAAAAAAUCAAGAAAGAAAGAAAGAAAGACAAACCACUAAAGCGAGAUUCACUCCCUUCAACAAUAACGAAAUGGACGACCAAGGCCUUAUUCGGCUGCAUAAUUUCCAGCGAAUUUCCGGUAACCAUGAUGUCGAUGGUACCUAUUUAUUUUCCCAUUAAUAUUGCUCUGCAUUAUUCUGUAGCAUGUUGUCACGGCCCCCCUAUACAUACUUCCUUUUUUCCAUGCGUUCGCAUCAUGUCUUGUUUACAAUCUUUUUUUUUUCAUCUGUCGAGGCAUUCUUCACGACAACAUUGCUUGCGUUCUCAUGAACAUGCAUUGGAUCCUUCUUCUGUUGGCUUUCGCGCCAUUUCGCAAGCGAUACCCGAAUUUCAAGCCUGCUCUUCUGGGCUUUACAUCUUUGACUACUCUACACCUUUUUUCUUUGCUAUCUUUCUCAUCUGUUGUCUCUCCUGCUCGUUAUCCAUUCACCAACUUCUGACUUUUCUUUCUCUUCUCCUUGUUUUUUUUUAUAUACCUUUCUACAACCAAGCGGGUCUGCGGUCUGUUCUGCUCUGUCGAGUUAGAGAUGGGUGGGAAGCCGCGGCACAGAGGCCCGAUUUGGACUUGGUGGCGGGUCUGGGGCAGGCGAAGGGGAUACGGCGUUUCACAAUCGUAUUUGCCCCCAGCUCCCAGGCAGCCCUUUUCUCAG